UUUUUUUUUUUUUACACACUUGAUUUGUCUCUUUUUGUAUGGCUGCACUAUAAUAAAGCCAGGCAACAGUGUUUUUUGGAGAGCAUUGUCUCCCACCUCAUGGCACUGAGUUUGAUUUCCAUCCUGCUUGUGUUGGCCGUGCCUGGCCAAUCUGCUUGGAUCGGGCUUGUCUGUCAAAUAAACUGACUGAAUGGAAAUCUCUUCUGUGUGCAUAGGGUCCCUUCACAUCUGGUUGCCAGCCUGUCUCUGUCAGAAAUAGCAGCUUUUGCAGUUUUCUACCCUGGGAUACUCUGUCCCUUAGAAGCCUUUUGCUCUGGCCUGUGUCCAGCAGGGCCCCGCACAUUGCUCAGCUGAUGGCUGUAGCAUGCAUAACUCCAGGUGCCUGGUUCAGUCCUGUUUCCUGGGUUUCUCAUGGGGGAUGAAGAGCUGCUGUUUGCAGGAUGCUUUCCUAGCACCCAAUGUGUGCUAAAAGCAUUUGCAGAACAGCUGCAAGCCAGUGCUUGAGGGCUUGGCCAAGGGCAGAGGAGAAAUUAAGAUGUUAAUUCAGCAAAUACUGCUGUGCUACACUUAAUAAAAGACCAGGAGGGGCCUGGACAGCUGUGGCCAUCUUUUUGUAGCUGCUGUGCUAACUGGUGGACAGUUAAUACACCAGUCUGCUGGGUGAGCUGCUGUGGAGGCUCCCUCGGCCAGCACAAAGGGGUAGCCAGCUUGUGGCACUGAAUUUCCCCACUGACAGCUGCCAGCCCUGUGCAGAGCUUGGGAUCUGGAAACUGCCAGGUGCAUCGGCCUCAGGUGGGUGACAGGAGCGCUCCUACAUGAACCAUACUUGAGAGGCUCUGGAGUUGCAGCCUUCUUGCCUUGGCACCAGACUGAAACAGGGGAUGUACCCUCGUACACCCCUUCCCCCCCCUACUGGGCCGCUGCUGUUGGGGACCGCAGGGCUUUGGCAGUGUGUGGGGUCUUGCCACCUCAACUGGCAGUGCCGCCCUGUAAUGCAGCAGCAUGGAAAAACUGUGAGCAAGGGCCUGUGCUCCCUUUGGGCUUCCUGCAGAGGAAGAUGCUGAAGAGCACAAAGCCUGGGAAGUGUUGAUGGGGUUCACUCCUGGGGACAGGGAGGUACUGAGAUGAAGGGGCUUGCUUUUGGAGGUGUUGAGAGGGAGGCAAAGGGUGGUGCUAAGGGACAGUGAAGCAGCCCUGGGGCUGUGGCUGCAUGGAGAGAUGUGCACUAGGGCAGGGAGGGCUGUGAGCAACUGGCGUGUCCUAGGCAGGACUGGGCAGUCCAGGACCAGAAACUUCAGUCCUGGGGGGGCACAGACAGCAGCACCUGGGCAGGGGCCUGCAUUCUUUCCAAGCCAGCUGGUGUCCCAGGGUCACCAAGGUGCCUCCUCUGUGACCUCGCGGAGCUGGCAUCAGGCUGCACCAUGAGGUGCUGGCUGCUGCUGCUCACCCUGCUGCUAGGGUCUGCCCUCCCACGACCCCUGCAUAAGAGGGCCAGCUACUCAGUCCCUGAGGACUUCUCUGCUCCUCUGGAGCUUCCACAGGAGCACUUUGGCCUGGUGGAUGAUUAUGGGAUCAAACCCAAGCAGCCUCACAUCAGGACCCCAAAGGUCCAGAAGCAGCCAGCAGGGCUGCACAGAGCUGGCAAAAGCAAACGUGAUGAGCUUGACUUGCUGGAGUACUUUGAUGAUGCCCACCUGUGAGCCAGCAUGCCCCUGUGCCCACCGCAGCCCAGCCUCUAGGAUCUCCUCCCUGCCUGCCCUCUGCUGCUGCAGGGUAAGUGGAGAGGUGUAAGAACGGGGCUGGGAAUAAGGGUAGGCCCUGCUUUUGGGUGGGGACUGGAGCAAGUAGCCUCCAGAGUUCUCUUGUAAUUGUCAUACAAUGG